UCGAGGAUACCCAGUUACCACGGCAUCGUAUCGAUGGCCGCCCUCGCAGCCUCCGUCUCGUUUCAGCAUAUCGUGGCGCUGAGCGUGGCCUCAAGCACGCGAUCGUCCGCGGGAUACGUGGCAUUACCCACUGCUGGCUGCAUCGCGCGCUCUAGUUCCGGACACGUGGCAGGGACCUGUGCGUCCACGGAGGUAUCCCGAUGCACGUGCAGGAUCACUGGAGGGCAUGAUUACAGCAGGUCGGGGAGCUGCGCGCCGUCCUCGUCAUCGCCGUCGCCGUCGCUUUCGCUGACGGCUGCCCUCUCGCGCACACCUCUUCGCUGCUGUUCCCCGGUGUCGAUAAGUGACAGUAGGAGGAGAGGAGGGAGAGGAGGGAGAGGGGUGGGAGGAUCGAUCACGGACAGGAUCGACGGUCGUGGAAGGGCACCAUCUAGUCGAGGCAUUGAGACACGCGCGGGCUCAUCGGACGGGUCGAAGACGGCGGUCAUGAUGGACGCCUCCGUGGAAGAGAACCCCCUCCUCGCCGACUCGCAGUUUCCUCUCUUCGACAAGAUCGAGGCUAAGCAUGUGGCUCCGGGAAUUCGACAGAUCCUGAAGAAGAUGGAGGAAGGUUUCCUCGACUUGGAGAAGAAAGUGACACCUACGUGGAGCGGUUUAGUCGAUCCACUAGAGAGACUGAACGACCGUCUGGCCGUAAGUUGGGGUGCGGUGAACCAUCUGAAGGGAGUGAAGGACUCUGAGGAUCUGCGGAAAGCAGUGGAGGAAGUUCAGCCAGAGCAAGUUGCCUUGUCUCUCAAGAUUGGGCAAAGCAAACCAGUGUACGAGGCAUUCAAAGCUAUGCGCGAUGGACCGCUCUGGGAGCAAGUGAAUGAGGCCCAAAGGCGGAUCAUUGAGUCUAGCCUCAGGGAGGCAGAACUGACUGGUGUAGCUCUGGAGGGUGAGGCGCGAGAGCGGUUCAAUGCAAUCGAGCAGGAGCUUGCGCAGCUCUCUCUCCAAUUUUCCAACAAUGUUCUCGACUCUAUAAAGGCCUUUGAGAGGGUGAUAACCGACCCCAAGGAAGUGGAUGGGUUACCCCCCUCAGCUCUGGGGUUGGCAGCACAGACAGCAGCUGCGAAGGGGUAUGAAGGGGCGACGCUAGACGCAGGUCCAUGGGUCUUCACGCUGGACAUUCCGAGUUAUAUGCCAGUCAUGCAGCACGCGAAGAAUCGUGCUCUGCGGGAAGAGUUGUACCGAGCCUAUCUGACGAGGGCGUCGAGUGAGGACAAAGAUAACACGCCGGUCAUCAAGCGAACCCUAGCUUUGCGUAGAGAGAAAGCUGAGCUGCUGGGAUUCAAGAAUCAUGCGGAGGUGAGCCUGUCCAUGAAGAUGGCGACUUUCGAGAGAGCCGAGGCACUUCUUGAAGAGCUGCGUGUUGCAUCAUACGAUGGAGCAGUCAAAGAUCUGGAGGAGCUGAAGGACUUUGCGGCGAAGUCCAAUGCAGAGGAAGCGAACGACUUCAUGAACUGGGACGUCACUUUCUGGAGCGAACGCCUGCGGGAAGCUAAGUUCGAUAUCAAGGAGGAAGAGCUGCGGCCGUACUUUUCCUUUCAGGAGGUUUUGAAUGGCCUCUUCGCGCUUGCCAAGAACCUGUUUGGGGUUGUCGUCGUGCCCGCUGAUGGAUUGGCGCCAGUCUGGCAUGCUGACGUCAGAUUCUUCCGGGUUGAAGAUCUACAGGGCGAACCUCUGGCAUUCUUUUACCUUGAUCCGUACUCGAGACCGGCGGAGAAGAGGGGUGGGGCUUGGAUGGAUGAGGUCGUUGGGCGCAGCCGAUUGCUUGCGCUGCCUAACGAAUCGGUUCGGCUCCCCGUUGCUCAUGUUGUCUGUAAUCAAUCUCCUCCGGUUGGUGACAAGCCGAGCUUGAUGACAUUCCGAGAGGUGGAGACUUUGUUCCACGAGUUUGGACACGCUCUUCAGCACAUGCUGACCAAGCAAGAUGAAGGUUUGGUGUCAGGAAUCAAAGGAAUUGAAUGGGAUGCGGUUGAAUUGCCCUCCCAGUUCAUGGAGAACUGGUGUUAUCACAGGGCAACCUUGCUUGGCAUUGCCAAGCAUUACGAGACGGGGGAGACACUGCCAGAAAGCAUGUUCCAGAAGCUGGUCGCUGCGCGCACGUUCCGAGCUGCAAGCAUGAUGCUACGACAGAUUCACUUCGCGGCAGUGGAUCUGGAACUGCACUCCCGGUUCGAUCCCGAUGGUCCAGAAACUAUGUUUGAUGUGGACCGUAGGAUCGCCAAGAAGACGACAGUAAUGCCUCCAAUUCCAGAGGACCGUUUUCUGUGCAGCUUCUCGCACAUCUUCGCCGGAGGUUACUCUGCAGGCUAUUACAGUUACAAGUGGGCCGAGGUUUUGUCAGCGGAUGCUUUUUCUGCAUUCGAGGAAGUAGGGUUAGACAACGAGGAGGCGGUGAGGGAGACAGGCAAACGCUUCCGUGACACUGUGCUUGGGCUGGGUGGUGGAAGACAUCCUCUUGAGGUAUUCAAGGACUUCAGGGGAAGGGAGCCAUCAACAGAGCCGCUUCUUCGUCACAGUGGCCUCUUGCCGGCUGCUGCUGCUGCUUGAAAUACAUACACAGCCAGACUGCCGCAGACACUUGAAAAAAACUAUGGAAGCUUCGAGGCCUUCCCCCCUUCUCCCCCUCCUUCUUCAGGCUUUAUGUAACGUUUUUCGGGAGAGCGUUUCGUUUCCCUAAGUUUUACAGUAAUUGCGAGUUCAUUUUGAAAACCUGUUGUUGCCAUCCACGUGUCGAUCUUCGGGAGGAACCUCUUGAAACUACUCUGCCCCCGCCGGUAUCAUAUCCUGACCCAGCCCCAGAGUAGGACAAACCCACUAAUUGGCCCCUACCCCCCCAGGAACAUACACUUCCUCCAAUGUGACGCCCUGUGAAACUACCCUGCCCCCCACCGGAAUCAUCUCCUGCUGACCCAGCGUUAGAGUAGGUCAAACCCACUAAUCUGCCACUACCCCCCCCCCCCCCCCCCCCCCCCCCCACACACACACACACACACACACACACCAGGAACGUACACUUCCUCAAAUGUGACACCCUGUUGGAAUUACCCUGCCCCCGUUGGAAUCAUAUCUCCUGACCCAGCCCCAAAGUAGGACAGACCACACGAAUCCGCCUUUACCGCUCCAGGAAUAUACCCUUCCCUCCAAUGUGACGCCCCCUGCAGAGCAGUGCUCCCACCACCCAUCCCUCCCAGUGCUCCCACCUCCCAUGCCUCUUAUUCCCCUCCAUUCACUACGACAGACCCACUUAAACACCUCCCCUCCAGAGCAGACUACCUACCUCUUGACACGACGCUGCCCCUGCUGGAAGUUAUUACUGGCCCUAAGUGACAGUCCCAGCUCAGGAGUAGGAUAAAACCCAGGUGUCCACCCCUACCCUUCAGGACCCUCCAGUGUGAUUCCCCCGCAGGAUAGUGCUCCCAACCAAGCCCCAACAUGGAUCCACUGACCCUGCUACGCCAGGCUGGGGGACUAACACCACAUGCGCAGGAGAGAUGCAACGUGACUGGACUUGAACCACAACCUCUCCAUCGCUACGCCAGAGGUCUGACCAGCUGAGCUACCAGGCUUGUUCUACCCCAACCACUCUUGUUGGAAAGAUCUGAGUGUUUGCUGUCUUCCAUUGGUUCCGAUUCAUUCUCCAUUUUCUUCUGAUUUCAGUUUCAGAGCCAUCAAAUCUGUGCAAGAUGAGAAUUCAGGGGCUGCUCUCGUCGUCCUUGGAGUUGUCUCUUGCCAACUGAUAUUCCGUACAAAAAGAACAAGAAAAAGACACAGUUUUUUAAACCACCACUACCUGGGAGGGCCUCCUUUUUUUCCCAAAGUGGUGACCACAAUAGACUUGGAUUUUUGGACUCUUGUUAAGGAAAGCUGGCCCAUUUUCCAGCAGGUGCAGCUCCCGACCUAUGAGAGUGGAGUCGUCACAAGCAGGAGGCCCACAAGCAGGAGUGGCCACUCUCGGAGGAGGAUCAUAUCCCCUCCAAGAUUUGGGGCUCGGCUGCUGUUUUAACUUGAAAAAAAAAAGAGAAAAAAAGCUUGGAUUUUGACUGGCUAAAACUGGUACAGUACCAGGCCUCAUUAGGCUCGGUUCGUC